ACCUAAAAUAUAGACACGUUUUCAUCAAGCAUUCAAAGAACUCGAACACAACAUGUUAGUCAUAGGAGUAUCGCUGGGAUUCCUAACGCUGGCUACUGUAAACUAUCGACCAAACUUCGCCUACAAUCAGAGUGUGCCUUACACUAACCUACAAUCUGAUCCUGACGAGUUUAAGCCCUUGGAUAUUUUCAUGUCUUAUAAUGAAACCAUUCAAUGGAUGGCAGCUCUGGAGGCGAAAUAUCCAGACAAGUGCAAGGUUGAACCGAUUGGUCGAUCGUACGAAGGGCGUGAUAUCAACGCUAUGGUCAUCAACAAACAGCCAAGCAAAAAAGUGUUUGUAGUAGCCAACAUGCAUGCCCGCGAGUGGGCUGCCAUGACUUCCGCUAUCUACAUCAUCCACGAGCUUAUUCUUAAUUCCAACAACUACCCAGAAGCGUCCACGUUUCAGUGGAUCGUUGUUCCGUUACCGAAUCCAGACGGUUACAUGUACACCAGGUUGGAUCGCCUUUGGCGCAAGAACCGUGCCCCGCAGCAAGAUAACGCCACUGGUGUCGACCUGAACCGGAACUUUGCUUACAAGUGGGAGUUGAACCUAAACGAAGAGGAUGAUGAUCCCCACAAAGAAACCUAUCGCGGUCCAUCCGCAUUUUCUGAGUUAGAAAGUACGACUAUAAGUGAUUAUCUGAACCAAAAUUCCAAUUCUAUCGUACUAUACGUUGAUCUGCAAACUUUCGGAGAGUAUAUAUUAAUUCCGUGGAGUUAUACAAAAGAUUCUGCCCCAAAUACAGAUUUCAUCAUGUCCGUAGCACAUGCCGGGGCAAAAGCCAUAAUAUCUCAAUCGUAUGAGUACUAUGUGAUUGGCACACUAUCGGAUCUUGCACACCCCGUGUCGGGAUCUAGCAUGGACUACUGUUAUUUCGUUGGAGUUAAGGCGUGUAUUGUUAUCUUGCUGACCAACGAAGGAUAUGAAAUUGCGCCAAGUACUAUCAUCCCUUAUGGGCAGAUAGCACUCGCUUCAGUGCAAGCAAUGGCAGUUAAGGCGGGUGAAUAAUAAAAACUCCAAUGUAAUAUAUGAA